CUUCCCUAUAUCCCUGAGCUAAGCCACCGGGGCCAUAUAAAGUGCUUCCUCUCUGAGUCUCAGUUUUCCCAUCUAUGAAAUGGAGAGCUAACUACCUACCUCCCAGGAGUUUCUGCAGAUGUCCUAAGCUAAUGUAAUAAAGCAAAUGCCCAUGAUACCCAGAAGCUGUUCCAUGUCUGUCUAUCAGUGGGCUCCCACCCCCACUCCCCCAGCUCAGCCAGGGGCAAAGCCGGCUGAGGUUGCCCCAUAGGGUCUCCUUGGUCAUCACUGGGUGGGGAGGCUUCUCCCAGCUUGGGCCUCGCUGGAGAGUAUGACCUAACAGCAAGCUGUGGUUCCUCCAUGCCCCGCUCACCCCAACCCCUUGCCUGUCUCUAAUAUCCCAGGACUUACUUCUUUUUCCUGCCCCCUCUAGACUGAGACCAGCCCCUUAAGCCUUCACUCAGCAUUUGUCAUUGGACUUGCCUUUUUUUUUUUUUUUUAAGAUUUUUUAUUGAAAUGGCCUUUUUAUUUCUCUGGUGUCUGUGGCCUUCCCAGCAACCGCCUACCCACCCUCUCAGGGAGGUGCCUCAUGGCAGCACGCCUCUCCGGCCUGGCUUCCUCAGGAAAAGCCGAGGGAGGAAACAGGGAGGGGGUUGGCAGCUGUUGGGGCCAGACUAACUAGCCCUCUGACUACGCUGGCUGCCAUGGGGCUGGGGCUGCUGCUCCCACUGCUGCUGCUGCUCUGGAUUCAGGAGACCCAGGGGUCUGAGCUGGACCCUAAUGGGCGGAACGUCUGCAUGGCCAACAGCCCCUCUGCUGAGCUCCAAUGCUGCCCAGGCUGGAGGCAGAAAGAUCAAGAAUGUACCAUCCCCAUCUGCGAGGGACCCGAUGCCUGCCGGGAAGGCGAAGUAUGCAUGAAACCAGGCCUCUGUCGAUGCAAACCUGGAUUCUUCGGGGCCCAGUGCAACUCCCGCUGCCCGGGCCAGUACUGGGGCCCCGAUUGUCGUGAAAGCUGCGCCUGCUACCCGCAUGGCCAGUGUGAGCCGGAUACCGGCGUGUGCCGCUGCCAAGCCGACCGCUGGGGCAGCCGCUGCGAGUUCGCGUGCUCCUGCAGCACCCACGGGCGUUGCGACCCUAAGACCGGCGCGUGCCGCUGCGAGCCCGGCUGGUGGACGCCUGCGUGCCGCCGCCCGUGCCAGUGCAACCUCGCGGCGGCGCGCUGCGAUCAGGCCACCGGCUCCUGCCUGUGCGAGGCGGGCUGGUGGGGCCGCCGCUGCAGCUUCCAGUGCAGCUGCCAUGGCUCGCCGUGCACGCAGGAGUCUGGCCGCUGCAUUUGCCGCCCGGGGUGGUGGGGCCCGGAGUGCCGGGAGCCUUGCGAGUGCCUGCGCGGCCGCUGCAGCGCCGUCUCCGGCCAGUGUACGUGCCCGCCCGGUUUCCGCGGCGCGCGCUGCGAGCUGCCCUGCCCGCCUGGCCGCUACGGGGCGCAGUGCCGCCACAGCUGUGGCCACUGCAAGCAGAAUCAGCUGUGCUCUACAGACACAGGCAGCUGUGAGUCCUGUGAGCCAGGCUGGAAUGGGACUCAGUGCCACGAGCCCUGCCCACCUGGCACCUUUGGCGACAGCUGCGGACAGCAGUGCCCCCACUGCCGGCUUGGGGAGGCCUGUCAGCCAGACACUGGGCACUGUCAGAGCUGUGAUCCUGGCUGGAUAGGGCCCAGCUGUGAAGACCCCUGCCCGAGUGGCACCUUUGGGGAGGGCUGUGGCUCGACCUGCCCCACCUGUGUUCAGGGGUCCUGUGAUCCUGUGAUUGGGGAAUGUGUCUGCAACGCUGGCUUCUGGGGGCCCAGCUGCAACACCUCGUGCCCAUCUGGCUUCCAUGGAAACAAUUGCUCUGUUCCCUGUGAAUGCCCCGAGGGAUCCUGCCACCCUGUCUCUGGGGCCUGCCAGCUGGGGCCUCAGAGUCAGGAUGCUGCCCUCAUCGCGGGCAUUCUAGUGCCCCUGCUGCUGCUCCUCCUGGGCAUCACCUGCUGUGCCUACUGCUGCUGGGCUACCCGGUUGGACCCCAAGGACAGGCCAGCACGAGAUGGAGCUGCUGUGUCCAGGAUGAAGCUCCAGGUCUCGGGGGCACUGACCAGACUGGGCUCCGCGCUGCCCUGCGGUUCCCUCAGUAGCCACAAGCUUCCCUGGGUGACAGUCUCCCACCACGACCCGGAGAUUCCGUUCAACCCCAGCUUCAUCGAGCCGCCCUCUGCCUGCUGGCCCUCGGACGACUCCUUCUCUUCUGAUUCUGAGUCUGGAGAGGAGGACGCAGGUCCUGCCUACUGCGUGCCACCCCAUGAAGGGAUGGUCCCUGUGGCCCAAGCAGAAUCUCCAGAGGUCAGCCUAGCUGGAGGUCCCUUCCCUCCCCCUGAGGAUGCCUCCACACCAUUCGCUAUCCCGCGCACUUCCAGCCUAGCACGGGCCAAGCGGCCAUCGGUCUCCUUUGCUGAAGGUACCAAGUUUGCACCGCAGAGUGGCCGAAGCUCAGGGGAGCUCUCCAGCCCACUCCGAAAGCCCAAGCGGCUCUCCCGGGGGGGCCAGCCAGGUCCUGAAAGCCAGGAGACUGAGGAGUCCACAAGUCCCGAGCAAGCAGAAAGGGACAAGACCCCUCCUGGGGCAGCCAGCCCCAGGGAUUCAGCCAUUGGCCAUCGCCGGCUCCCACUUGGUGGCCGGACAGUGGCUGAGCGUGUGGAAGCCAUCGAGGGCAGUGUCCAGGAAAGCUCAGGCUCUGUGAACACAAUCUACAUGCUGGUGGGGACACCCCGGGAAUCUAAUGGCCCCGUCCGGUCUGUUCUCCGCCGCUUUGGUAGCUUUCAGAAAGGCCAGACAGAGCCCAAGGUCAAGAGUGCCAUCCCCAAGCCUCCACGCCGGGCCCUGAGUCGGAACAAGGGCAGCCCCGGGCUGGCCUCUGGCUCUGCCAGUCAGAGCCCUGGCUCUAGCCUGAAUGAGGAGCUCACUGGGGCCUUGGCGGCUGCAGGACCCGGGCUAGAGGAAGUGGCCAAGGGUCUGGGGGAUGGCAUCAAGAGCUCAGGCAGUGCCCAGGAGCUGGUCCCCAAGGAUGACCCCCCAAAACAGGAUCCCCAGAAGCUGGCUGAUGAGGAAGGGCAGGAAGAGCCCCAGUAUGAGAAUGUUGCACCCAUCUCUGGGCCACCAGAGCCCUGAGGACCGUGAAUUUGGAGAGUGGGAAAACUAUGGAUGGGCGUUAGGCAUCUGAACUAACCCUGCAUCAGAUUGUUGUGUGCUGGAAAAAACAUCCUAGGGCCAGGAAAGACCUACCAGAGCCUUUGCCUUUCUAUGG